ACGAAGAAGAAGAGGCAGGAAACCGACGAAGUCACAGGACAGCGGUGAACUAUGCUUUCCCUCAUUAAAACGUCUUGUGUUUAUUCGCAGAUAUGUCACCUGGCGAACACACAGCUCAGCAUGGUGACACCGCAGAGAAUCAGGAAUCUAUUUAUCCCGCUCGGGAGCUUGUCUCACCUUACGGGGGCACGUGCAUUUAGUACGCACACGCUGAAUCCCAUCUGUCACCCUGCAAACAAAUGGUUUAAGAGCAGAGUUGAUGGUGAUAGGUGGAGGAAAAACAUCCAUCUGAUGUCACCGAGGCUGGAGAAAGCCACCCCAGUGCAGAUAAGUGAGCUGUCUGAAGCAGCAUAUGAGAAGCUGGCAGACGAGACGUUGGAUGCUCUAUCUGACUAUUUUGAAGACCUGACAGAUGAAGCUUUCACUGGAGAAGACUACGAUGUUGUUUUCUCUAGUGGUGUGUUGACAGUGAAGGUGGGUAGGGAUCAUGGUACCUACGUCAUCAACAAACAGACACCAAACAGACAGAUCUGGCUCUCUUCUCCCACUAGUGGACCAAAGCGCUACGACUGGACAGGUGAACGUUGGGUGUACACUCAUGAUGGUAUGAGCCUCCACCAGCUGCUUUCGAAAGAGUUUUCCAUCAUCUUUAAUAAAAACAUGGACUUAUCUGAGCUGCCCUAUUCCUGAGCUCCCACACCUCCUCAUGACCUGCCUACCUACAGUAUCACUACUACAACAUGUGACACAACUAUUCGAUUAUAUUGGAGCCAAAGACACAGAGUAUAUAUUUACAACUCCACAAUAACCCAUCAACUGUAGCCUUUAGGAGAGCAGUUGUAUAUAAUGAGCGAUGUAUAUGUGUGAGCCGUUCUGUUUAUGUUCUAUAAGUGUAUUGCACAUUUGUAUUUCUUGGUGAUUUUAUUAAAUACUUGGGAAAAAAGUUCA